AAGGUGACGUCGCCUCGUUAGCCUCAUCCCUUGUCGAUCUUUCCUGAUUCUUCCCCAAAACCCUCUUCUGGUCCAUUCUGUCCCGUCGUCGAUCGAAAAAUUUGGGUUUAUUUUUCGAAAUCUCAGGCAUGGGAAUGGGAAUCUGGUAGCAAGUGGGAUCGGACACUUCCUGUCUUACUCAGCUGUCCUUCUUACUUUCUGUCAGUGGGGUGCGUUUCGUUGGGAUUUGUUAGAGACGCGGGGUAAAAGGUGCACUCGUGUGUUGCUUCUGUAGUUUAAGCUCUUCGAUCGACGUGGUGUGGCCUCAAGAAGCUUGAUCUCGCAAGGUUCUGCCGUGAUUGAUCACAAAGUGACCAACUUUGCUUCCCAAGGUUUCUUCCUCCUCAGAUGGAGACAUUGGUUGUGGUUUCUCAGCAUCGGAAUCAAUGCUUCGGCAGAAGCAGGUCGCAGUUGUCCGAUCGAUUCGGCUCUGCUCCCUCGAGAGCCUUCAGAGGGAUUAACUGCCGGUCCUUUGAAUCCGGCACUGAUAUUCUAUGCUCACCUCCUUCAAGAGUUUCUUCAUUCAACAGCCAUCCCGCACCCAAAUCUCCUUGCUUCUACCUGGAGCCACCUAAACGAAGUAGGAGGAGCAAGCCCAUUCCUAUAAACCCUCCACCUUCUCCUAAAGGAGCUACUUUUAAUGGUGAUUGCUCCUACUCUGAGCUAUGGGCAGGGCCUGCCUACUCGAACUCACCACCCCCGAGUUCUUUGCCAAUUCCUAGAUUUUCCCUUCGCCAGAAACGGAGCGUCUCCUUUGAGCUGCCCAUUCCUAAACCAGAGGUUUCUCUCCGAUCUAUAUCGAAGUCAGCCCCAUGUUCUCCCACCAGGGAGUCAACCUCUUCUGCCAAAGAUACUCUUCCCUACACCGCCACUGCCACCGCCACUGAGAAUUUGAGACGGAUUCUCCACUUGGAUAUUGCUGAUGACUGAUGGGACUGGAGGCAUGUGGGUUCUGUACAUAGUUGUAUUUUCGUUGGUUUUAGGCUUUAGCUCUGUAUAGCCAGUACUGAAUCACUAGUUGGAAUCAUGAGAACUUAUAGGAACGCCUCAUUCUUUGCCCUUGAUGGGUGAGGGGUUAGCUUGUUCGAAGAAAUGGAAGUGUAUGUGAAGGAAAGAAUUUGCAAAGGCUUGGAAGGAGUAAGAUGAUGGAGACUUCAGUAGUACGUACCUCGUGAAGCUAAUAAUGUACCAAGUAUGCCAAACAGUUUGUUGGUUCUUGAUGGAUUAGUCUUCAGAUUUGGAGUUAGCUGACACCCCCUUUCCAUUUCUCCCUUAAGAGUCAACUAGUUCUAGGUACUUAUUGUUUGUAUUCAAAUUAUAAGUUCCAUGUUCAGAAUGGUAUCCCUGUAGGUUCCUAGUAGAUUCUGUAGAUUUAGUAAAACGUUGCAUGAUCAUGACCUCAUACAGUAGAGUCCUAGAGCAUGUCUUCAGGUUAUCUGCAUCUUUCAUCAUACAAUCUUCAUUAACAGAGCAUGUUUUGCUUUUUGUUCACCAUCUCGAAUCAAGCUUUCUUAUUUUUCCUCUUUGAUGUUGUUCUUCAACUAAUAUCAGAGUUAGUGCUUCACUAGUUCAUCGAAGUUCCUCUUCCCGCUUCCUGGUUUUUUGAAAGAGCAAGUUGGGGGAAGGACUUCGGAUGAUGAUUUACACUCUGCUGUUAGCUUAUCUCUGAGCAUGUAGGUCGUAGUUGUUUGUCAAAUUUUUAGUGUCACCAGAAUGUCCGUCUGUGUUCAGCUCAAUCAGCUUCUCUCUUUAUCAUGUGUCGAUAUAACAUCAGUUAGUUCCCUCAAAGCUUAAUCCUGAGUUUGUCAAACAAGUUCUAGUUGGGUUGGUUAAACAUGUCAUCAACGGGUGCUGCCGAUGGUGUGCAGGAGGCAGAUGAACUUGCCAGUCUCAUCAAGGAGCGUGUUGGUGAUGACAUCAUAAGCUGAAAUAUGGCCACACCUAUUGUCGGUUCAAAGAUCAGAAAUUGUGCUCUUUGUUUCUGGGGUGCAUUCCUCGUGUAGUUUCUUUGUAAAGUAGUUUAUCAUGGAUUUUGUUUUCUUUGUAAUAGGCAGUCAAGGAGUAGUUAUAAGACUUGAAUGUCUGAUUAAGUACAUAGGUCUUACUUGAGUAGCUUGUUCUGUGUAAUCUUGCAAUUUCAGUUUACAUACUGUUGUCUACUGCAUCAGCAUUUCCUGUUAAAAUUUGUGUUCUUGCUAA